AUGUCGGUCAUCCAGGCAGCACGCAGACUGCGUGUUAGUGACGCUCCGCCAUGUGUCCACCAUGCAGCAGCACGCAAGCUGCGUGUUAGUGUUACUUCGCCAUUUGUCAAGCAUACAGCAGCAUGUAGGCUGUGUGUUGCCCCGUGUCUCUAUGCAAGAGACAUGCCUCCUCCGGGAACAAGCGUUAUUUAUGGUGGGAGGUUGGGGAUUGGUAGCGCCCAUCUUGACCAACCAGAGACGUGGCAUCCGGAGAUUGACCAAGCCUUACAGACCACCGGAUUCUACCAGCUCUCAAGAGUUGGAGUGAUCAGAGGGCAUUCCACAAUGCUAGCUGCUUUUGUGGAAAGGUGGCAGCUAAAGACACUGGAGGAUGUGUUACACAUAUUUAGCCUACCGAUCGACGGAGAGGUUGUGACUGGUUGGACCAAUAGCAGUCACGACUUCUUGGUCACCCAGAGUCUCGCGAUAUUCGGCAGCAAACCCGAAGUGGACAGUUUUUCCAAGAGCUACAUAAAUCUUUCAUGGAUUCACCAUAUUAGAAACACACAGCCUUUGGACACAUGGGAGUCUGUUAUGUGCUAUAUUAGGUGUCACAUCUUCUGUCUGCUGGGUAUCACACUCUUCGUGGAUAAGUCGACGGCAUAUGCCCAUGCAAAGUAUCUACCACUAUUCUAUAACUUUGAUAAGAUCGGCAAUUACAGUUGGGGGUCAGCUUGUCUCGCGCACCUUUAUAUGUCAUUGUGUCAUGCAUCACGGUAUGAUUGUAAGGAGAUGGAUGACCCACUUGAUUUGUUGUUUGCUUGA